AUGGAAGCAACUAUGAAUGCAGAUAAUGAUUAUAAUAUUUGUAAAGAUGCUAUUCGGCUAAAAUUCUUAAUGAUUACAGAAGAAGAGUGGAGAGUUCUUGAAGAAUUAACUGUAAUUUUGGCUCCUUUUGCUGAGAUUACAGAAUUACUAGGAGGUAGUAAUUAUUCCAUGUUUAGUUUUAUGUGGCCAGCUAUCAUCACUCUUACUAGAAAUUGUAUAUCAUUGUUGAUGAGUAUAAAUAAUGAGAAUCUUAAUUUAACAAAUAUGUCAACUAUUUUUGAAGAAGAUGAAGAAGAGGAUAUAGUCGACAUAGAUGAAGAAUUCGAAAUAAUUACUACAGCUAAAGGAGAUAAGUUUAAAUUUAAUUAG